ACCACAGAAGAUACUGUCGUUUUCAAUGAAUUUCCAGUUUCAAUAUACAAUGCCUACGAACUUCAGUCAGCUGAAAGAGUACCCUGAGCUGAGACGUUCUUUCCGGGAGACACUGGACAGGAGUUCGUCCUACCUGUCACUCGAGAAUGUAAUGGACAGUCACGGUUUGAAAGGCAGAAGUUGUCUCCUAAGAAGUAUAUGUGAAGUUGCAGAGACACCCGUAUACUACAACGGACUAAUAGGGGAACUACUUCACGUCAUAUUUACACCUGGAUACGGAUUCAACAACGAAGAACACUUGGAGUGGGAUUAUCGCGAGGCUCGACGUCUUGGAGAAGAGGGUGCUGACUGUCGCCAGGCUUAUACAACGUGUCCCUUCGGCGAGGGCCUUCUAGACCUCAUAUCUGUGCUAGAUACCUAACGCGACCCAAAUUGCUGUAGGAACACGCUGAAACCAUCGACAGGAAUUCAGUCACAGACGUCAAUGCCGCUUAAUCAGCUGCCGGACGUCAAAAUCAUAUUUACGGAAGCCAUUUUAGCACGAGUGCAUUUUAUCAUAUCGGUUGGUUAUGAUUUUAAUUAAUCUCCAAUGCAAUGAUUAUUCGCGACGAAAACCAAAUGUAUUAAACCGGCAACAAAACCAGGGCGUUAAAUAAUCUCAAGCUUAUUUUUUGGUAGUGGUAUGCCCCAUCACAUGAGAACAUAAUGGAAACCGUCCUGACUCUGUGUGGGUUAUGAUAAAUAUAGUAAAUCGUGCGAACGUGAAACUCUCAUGUAGCAAUGCCUACUUUCCGGACGAAAUAAUAAAAUCAGUCAGUUGGGUCGAAACCUUCUUUUGUACAUAAUCAGUGUAUAAUAUUAAGAAAUACCAGAAGAAACAAAUGUAAACGUUAGUAAAUGCAAAUAUGUAACACUAAAUAAUGUAUACAGCUGAUGCAGUGGGCAGGAUUGAGUGAUAUUCGUUGUUUUGUGUUCCCUCGUUCAGCUUUCACGGAUGCCAACUUAUAUUCUGCAGUUGGACAAGCAUCAGCAAUGAAUCGCCCUGAUGACGGAGGCAGUAAGACCUUUGAAACGUCGGUUAACAUCGACCAUACUACACAGAGCAACAACCCAGAAGACAGAAAUCUUCAUACCUUACGUUAGUCAGCUAUGCUUGUGUAUUAACUUGAAUUCUGACCACCAAGCUGAAGACUGAAAAUGGCUAUCUUCUGGGAUGUUACACACGCAGACACGUUUAAACUCACAUUCACUGUUGCACUCAUAUACACUACAAUUCGACCUUUCGCGUAUCCACUGCUCGUCGAAGACUGUUCUGUCAACAAGGGAGUCAUUUUUCAUUAUUAUAAAUCACCAUAUUAAGUCUCUAAGGUGAUAAUCUAUACUAAUGUGAGAAUUUAUGUGCCAUUCGCCUACGGAAAAGUGUUGUGUUUUUCAUUCUGUGUGAUGAAGGCAUCACAAAAAUAGUAAUAAUUGUUCUU